UGAGCUUCUCGGCCUCCGUCCAAAAACAAACAUGGCGUCUUCGACGGAUGUUCAUGUCCGGAUUUGCGCACAAGAAAUCAUAAAAUAUGAUUUAGAAAUCAAAGCUCUCGUACAGGACAUCAGAGAUUGUUCUGGACCUCAGUAUUCACUUAUGGAGCUCAACUCUCAAAUCAAAGAGAAAUUCAACAAGCUGAGGCUCAGGAUACAGGACCUGGAGCAGAUGGCCAUAGAGCAAGACAGAGAGACGGACAGACUCGCCGUUCAAGCAGAGACGGAGAGCCAGCGACGACAAAUGACUAGUAAUCAGACUGCAUGGAGGAAAGCCAACUUGGCUUGUAAACUUGCCAUAGACAACAUGGAGAAAAAUGAGCUGCUGCAUGCUGGAGAAAACAGGAGCCCCAGACAAAGAAAAGUAACUAAAGAAAGCCUGGUGGAAACGAGCGGCAACAUCACAGAGAGUCUGAUGUCCAUCAGCAGGAUGAUGGCGGAACAGGUGAAGCAGAGCGAAGACACCAUUGGCACCCUUGCCACCUCCUCAAGGACGGUCCAGGAAACCAACGAGGAGUUCAAAAGCAUGACGGGAACCAUCCAUCUGGGCAGAAAACUGAUCCUCAAGUACAACCGACGUGAGCUGACAGACAAGCUGCUGAUUUUUCUUGCUUUGGCUCUCUUCUUCGCCACUGUCCUCUACAUCCUCAAGAAGCGCCUCUUCCCCUUUAUUUGAAGAGCAGUGCGGCCUCAUUUCUAACUCAAAUUGAGUUCAAAAAGAUUUCCUUUGGCGGUGGAGUAGAAGUUUCAGGUUCAACAUGCAAUGAGAUGGUUUGGAAUCAGCAUACACAAAAAUCCUUUAACUCCAAUGAAAGGAAUGACGUGGCUAAUGCUCCCCACUGCCUUAAUAUAAUCACCUGGACUAACUGGAUUGAUAAUCUGUGUCUCGUCUGGAUUUCAAGCACAAUAAACUGAUUCUAAAAUAUUUGCUUAAUUUUUAAAAGGUAACCAGAGUCACAGUGGGCAAAUCUGAAGCUUCUUCUGGUGUUACCAAUGCCAUUGUGUCUUAAAUGACCGUGUUAGUUCAGUCUGUUCUUCGCGGCGUUCCUUGGACUCUGGUCUUUUCUGUAACUUUUGAGGAGCAAAACAUAAUCUUUUCUAAAAACUCUGAACAAAAAACUAUUUCUCGUAACUAAGGAUUUUCAGGUAACCAGUCUGAGAUUGAGAUGAAAUCUAAAAUAACAUGUUAAGAGUAAUAAAAGAAAAAUAAAUAAAUCCCUUUUAAUGAA